AGUUGCAGCACUGUUGAGUGGAGAUAAAGAGAAGUGUGUCAAGUCGAGAAUAUACCAGGAUAACUCUUUACAGUGCACUCUGUUUUUUUUAAAGUUUUUGCACAAGGGGUGAUUUGGAUUUAAUGUACAACAUGACAUUUGAGGAACUAAAUGGGGAUUACUCUCAGGAAAGAAUGGAUACAGUGGCAAAAGCUUUGGAAGAAGUCCUGACCUCCGCUUUGCCGCAGGGCUGUAUUACAGUCGGUGUCUACGAGGCUGCCAAAUCGCUCAAUGUAGACCCCGAUAAUGUGGUUUUGUGCAUCCUGGCUACUGAUGAGGAGGACGGGAAAGAUGUGGCCCUGCAGAUCCACUUUACCCUCAUCCAGGCUUUCUGCUGCGAGAAUGACAUCAACAUCCUGAGAGUUAACAACACCAGGCGCCUCGCAGAAAUACUGGGUGGAGGAGGAGGAGGUGGAAAACAGAGUGGGGGUGAAACAAUGGACCUACACUGUGUCCUUGUCACUAGCCCACAUUCUACAUCAUGGAAGGACCCUGCUUUAAGCAAACUCAACCGAUUCUGCAGAGAGAGCCGCUGUAUGGACCAGUGGGUGCCUGUCAUUAAUCUGCCUGAGCGAUGAACUUCUAGCUGCGUAAACCUGUCCAGAAAGGAAUUUAAUCUACAUAGGAGAAGUUGUGUGAACCCUGAUGGACGCAUAUUACCUUUCAGAGAUCGAAUUCUGAAGUACUGCUGCGGGGGAAAGACAAAAAAAAAGCAAGAAGAAAAUCCUGCUGUCAGCAUGGGAUGUAUUUAAAAGUAAACUAAAAAGCAGAGGGUUGAAAUAUCUACUUUCGAAAGGACUGUUUGGAGUUGUGUCUGUCAGCUUUUGCAACCGAGAAGAGAUGGUGAGAGGCUUGUAGCGUCAUGAGUUGGAAAAAAGCCCAGGUGCUUUUUUUUAAUGUCAAGUUCGACACUGUACAGAAGGAUUAUAUCAUGUAAUUGUUUGGUUAAAGCCCUCUAUUGAGAGUCUGAAAAGUGGGGAGAAGCCAAAGCACGGAGCUGCUGAGUGGACCAAGGCCCCGGCCUCUCUCUGCAGAAACAAAGCACUUGUUGAAACACUGGACCUAUUGCGGUUACAUUUAUUUGAUUAAAGUUGUUCAUGUUGACGUUGCUGUUGUCACAACUUAAAAGGGAAGGGCUACACAUCCAGUGAAGACACUUUGUGCGUUUAGUGUUUCAUAAACUUUUUUUUCCUUUUUUUUUUUUUUGGAAGUGAAAUAGUUCCUUUGUUACAAAUUUUUAAGUUAUUUCUAAUUAUAUUUAAGUGUAUUUAUGUUAAUUUUUUUUUUUUACCUGACCAUUUGCAAGAUCUGAAUACAAAACACGUGUAUUGCUGUCAAUAAA